AUGACCGACUCCAUCAGCACUACCAACAGAAACGCAGCCGUCGACCCCUACAAGGCUCACAACUACGAAGACCUUCCUCUUGACCAAAAAAUCAAUGACCUGGUCAGCUUCGUCCAAGGAAUCAAAUAUGGGAUGUUAACGACCAAGCUGUCCAAUGAUUCCGACCUUCUUGCCUCACGGUGUAUGGCUUUAGCCGGACAGGAAAAUGGUGGCAUCGACCUCCUCUUCCAUACAAACCUCUUCUCCGGCAAAACUAUGGAUCUCACCGUCCACCCCACCGAAACCAACAUGUCCUUCCUCGACCCCGUCAGCGGUGCCUGGGCAUCCAUCUCCGGCACGGCCCAUAUCAUCGGUGACCCCAAGGUCGUUGAGAAAUACUACUCGCCCGUGCUGAAGACCUGGCUAGGUGACAUGGGUGACGGCGUGCAUGAUGGAGGCCCUGCUGAUCCGCGGAUCGGUGUUAUCAAGCUCGAGGCGAAGUUGGCGACGUACACCCUGGCACGAAAGGGGAUUGUUGGUAGAGCGGUUGAUGAGGUUAGGGGUGUCGUUAAGGGUGAUGUGCCUGCGAUUAACAAGAUUCGGGAGGUGAGCCAGUCGGAAUUGGCUGAAUGGCGCCGGACGCACAAAUAA